GAUACCGUGGGAACCUGACGGAGUAUUCCAUGAGACAACGGUUACACGGCAUUAACCGUGGAUACCACAUAACGUGUUUACAUUCCAUCAUUAGGAUUAAGAUACCCAUUGAUUGACGAGUUUGAUAUUUGUAUUGGGGUUCCCAGCUAUUGAUUUGAGCUAUCAAGAUCUCUAUUUCAUUGUUAGAAGAACACUAAUUGCUGCUCUACCCUUGAACACUAUGCCUGCCCUAGCCCCAUUUGCUGAACCUCUAUGGUACUAUCGCGACUCAUCGCCAUACUACGAUGAGUCCCAUAGGAAACUCCGUCAAUUCGUGCGCGAAUAUGUGGAGAAUGAUCUGAUGCCGUAUGCUGAGGAGUGGGAGCGAAGUGGCCAAGUUCCUCCUGAAGCUGUUCAAAAAUAUGUGGACAAUGGUUUCGCUAUAAUCAAGCCCACAAAACGGGAAUACAUGGGAGGGAUGACCAUGCCCGCUGGCAUCGAUCCAGAAAAAUGGGACGUCUUUCACAAUCUUGUGGUCAAUGACGAGUUGGCGAGAGUCGGGUUUUCUGGCGUGCUUUGGGGCAUGAAUGGCGGGAACGGCAUAGGCUGCCCUCCAAUCAUGAAUUUCGGAACUGAGCAACAGAGGCUCGAGUAUCUACCAAAGGUUGCUCGAGGGGAGAUCCGCUUUUGCCUAGGAAUCACUGAACCAGACGCCGGGUCCGACGUCUCUGGGAUCAAAACCACGGCCAAACGAGUCGGCAACAAGUAUAUCGUCAAUGGAGCAAAGAAAUGGAUCACCAACGCCAUUUUUGCCGACUAUUGCACGGCAGCCGUUAGGACCGGAGGACCAGGCCGUAAUGGCAUUUCUCUACUCAUUAUACCACUGAAAUCCAAAGGUGUCACUCGACGAAGAAUGUACAACUCUGGAGUGAACGCCAGUGGCUCAACUUUCCUUGAAUUCGAUGACGUGGAAGUGCCUGCAGAGAAUCUUAUUGGAAAGGAAAACCAAGGCUUUAAAUACAUCAUGUCAAACUUUAACCCUGAACGUCUCGGGAUGGCGAGCUCCUGCAUCCGUCUCUCCCGCGUUUGCGUCGAAGAUGCUUACAAUUACGCGAUCACUCGGGAAACAUUCGGCAAACCGCUCAUUUACAAUCAGAUCAUCCGGGCUAAAUUCAGCAAAUUCGGCCAACUUAUUGAACCAUGUCAAGCGUUUUUGGAGCAGCUAGCCUACACCAUCCAGCUAAACGCCAAAACCGGUAGGGAGAUCGACGUUGGAGGUAUGACGGCCCUCCUGAAAGUAAUGAGUACCCGCUGUCUGGAGAAGGUCUGCCGCGAGGCCCAGCAGAUCCUGGGUGGUGCAGGGUAUAACAAGGCAGGCAAAGGAGCGAGAAUCGAGGCGAUUAGCCGUGACGUAAGAGUAUUCGUCGUGGGCGGUGGAAGCGAGGAGAUCCUGAGGGAUUUGGCCGUGAGACAGGAGAUAAAAUUCAUGGCAGAAGCCCAACGUGCCAAACUGUGAAAUAUCAGCUGUCAAUCAGGACGGAUCGUAGGUUCCUGCUUGGUCACUUGAAACAAUAUCAAUGAGCUUCAAACAAGUAAAAGUACAUUAAUCCGUAUAGUUCCCCAGAAAGAUAUCCAGGUUAAAAGUCGCAGUAAACUUUGCUAUAAACUCCAGACGCCUCGCCGGACCGAUGAAAAACAGCCUGGGAAAGUAAAGUCAUAGAAGGGAAAUGACUAUAUCGUUUGCACAGAGAAAGGUUCACCGCACUAUCCGGCCUGUUUUGUUUGUCUCAUCUAAGCUCCGAUGCUUCGGCAGGCUUGACAAUAUUUCCUGGGAACUAUCUGAAUAACCUUCCAAACACACCACGCGUAAGAUUGCUCGUAAUGCCGCCAGAUAAAGCACUAC